AUGUCGUUAAACUUUAAGUUCAACGCUGUCGUUUUAAGCGGUUGGCUACAUGAAAAGAUCCUAACCAUUGAAAGCAUAGAGCAUCUAACAGCCAGUGCGGUGAGCCCCGAGUUUUUGGAGCUCAACGUGGAUGUAGCUUAUCCUAUAUUGGAUAAGCGAACCACGAAACUUUGCUCUCCUGAACAAAGCUCUGCCCUUCUCCGUUUCAAGAACAGUACCUUUUCGGCUAAUGCGUCUUCAAGUUUUUCUGAGACAGAUUCCUGUAAAAAGAGGGUAGUGAUUGCUGCACUUGGGAUGGGGUUACUUGUGAUAGGUUCACCGGUCAUCGACAAUAACAGCCUCUUCCACCUUCACCAUCUCCAGAAGCUCAAUCUAGUUGACAAUUAUUUCUUUGGAUCCAACAUCUCAUCCGAGUUUGGUAAGUUCAUGAAAUUGACACAUCUUAAUCUUUCUUCAUCUGGUUUCUGUGGUCUAGUUCCAAUGGAAAUCUUUCACUUAUCUAAGCUUGUUCUGCUUGACCUUUCUUAUGACUCUGUGGAACUGCGUCAACAUGGUUUUAAAAAACUCUUGCAAAACCUGACAGAACUAAGAUAUCUUCAUCUGGAGUAUGUCAACAUGUCUUCUGUUGCAGUUGGUUCUUUUGUAAACCUGUCUUCUUCUUUGAUAUCUCUCAGUCUUCAGAGUAAUUACAUGCAAGGCAAGUUUCCAAAUGAGCUUUUCCGAUUUCCAUUUCUCCAGCUGCUCAGAUUGUCUGACAAUCAAAAUAUAAAGGGUCAUUUGCCAAAUUUCAACAGGAGCAAUCCUCUUAAAUUAUUGGACCUCUCUUCCACAAAAUUUUCAGGGAAAUUACCCGACACAAUCAGCAAUCUGAUGCACUUGAAUGAUUUGCGUCUUCAUGGAUGCAAAUUCGAAGGGUCAAUUCCACCGUCACUUGAAAACCUUACUGAAAUCACUUUUUUGGAUCUAUCAUCCAACGGUUUUACUGGUCAAAUACCAACAUCAAUAUCAAAACUUGGCCAGCUCACUGAUCUUAAUCUUGGAGGCAACAAAUUUUCUAGGUCAUUUACUCUGUCACUUGAAAACCUUACUGAAAUUACUUUUUUGGAUCUAUCUUCCAACGGUUUUACUGGUCAAAUACCAACAUCGAUAUCUAAACUUGGCCAGCUCACUGAUCUUUAUCUUGGAGACAACAAUUUUUCUGGGUCAUUUCCUCCAUCACUCGAAAACCUUACUGCAAUCACUUUUUUUGAUCUGUCAUCCAACGGAUUUACUGGUCAAAUACCAACAUCAAUAUCUAAACUUGGCCAGCUCACUAGUCUUAAUCUUCGAGACAACAAAUUUUCUGGGCCAUUUCCUGAUGUUUUCGGUAAUCUCAGUAAAUUAACUGGAAUAGACCUCGGCUCUAAUUAUCUCAACAGCCAAUUGCCAACAUCAUUAUUCAACCUCAAACAACUUCUUUCUUUAAACUUUUCUGAUAAUCAACUCGAGGGUCAUUUACCCAGUCAGCCUAGUGACCUUUCUUGUCUAAAUGUUCUCAGUUUAGGUCAUAAUCUUCUAAGUGGCAAAAUACCCUCAUGGUUGUUUACUCUGCCAUCUUUGGCAAGGUUAGAUCUGUCUCACAAUUUGUUCACCAGCUUUGAGUACUUUCCACAGAUGGAAAACCUACACGAGCUUGACCUUUCAUUCAAUUUGCUCCAAGGACAACUAAUGCUUCUACCAACUUCCAUUAAAGUCGUCUCAGUUUCAAGCAAUAAUUUAACAGGGGUGAUUCCUCUGUCAUUUUGCAAUUUGAGCUCUCUUAAUGUUAUUGACUUAUCAAAUAACAGUUUUAGCGGAAAAAUUCCACCAUGUCUUGGAAACUGUAGUAUGAAGCUCAUGUUCCUAAAUUUGGAGAUGAACAACUUCCAUGGUAGUCUUGGAUCUCUAAAAUUUGCAGAUGCCAGUGGUUUGACGGCUCUUAUGCUUAAUGGCAAUCAAUUGGAGGGACCAUUACCGCCAUCUUUUAAUAAUUGUAUCAAUUUGGAAAUCCUAGAUGUUGGGAAUAACAUGAUUAAUGAUACCUUCCCCUACUGGCUUCUUCCAAUCCUUCAAGUUAUUAUUUUGAGAUCUAAUCGAUUUCAUGGUCCCAUUGAUAAUUCCAAUGCAACAUUUCCCUUCCUUGGGUUGAGAAUACUCGACCUUUCCCACAAUUAA